AUGGGGAAAAAUGGCUCUGGGAAGUAUGAAUUCAAAGCCAAGAACAUCAAGAAGAAGAAGGUCAGCAUUGUGGUGUCUGUAGAUGGAGUCAAAGUAGCACUGAGGAAAAAACAGAAGAGAAAAGAGUGGACAUGGGAUGAGAGCAAGAUGUUGAUCAUGCAGGAUCCAAUAUACAGGAUUUUUUACGUAUCUCACGACUCCCAAGACUUGAAGAUCUUCAGCUACAUUGCAAGAGAUGGCUCCAGUAAUUCGUUCAGGUGUAACGUCUUCAAAUCUAAAAAGAAGACUCAGGCUAUGCGUAUUGUGCGAACAGUGGGUCAGGCAUUUGAGGUGUGCCAUAAGCUGAGUUUGCAGCAUGCUGAGAAGGACGCUGAUGGACAACCAGAUGGAGAGAGUGAUAAGUCAACGGAGGAGCCCAGCAGCUACGCUCAUAAACUCACAGGAAGUGAACAAGAUGAAGAAGAUGAAGGCCUACAUGACAGAGGGAGUGGAGCAGGAGGAGGAGAUUCUCUGGUUGGUGGUACACUGUGCGAGAAGACAGUCAGUGAGAUUCUGCAGAGCCUGACUGAACUGAACGUGGUGAAACCAGGCCUGACUAUCAUGGAUAUUGAUCAAAGGUCUGUCUACACUGUGACGUCCCAAGGCAUCACUGCAAACAGCCCACGCUCUCCGUCUCUUACUCCACUGGCUUCUCAGCACUACCUGCAGCUCCUUCAGCAACAGCUGCAGCAGCAACAGCAGCACACGCAGGUGGCCGUCGCACAGGUUCAGCUGCUGAAGGACCAGAUAGCAGCAGAGACCGCAGCUCGCAUGGAGGCUCAGGCCCGCAUCCACCAGCUGCUGCUGCAAAACAGGGACCUGCUGCAACACCUGGCGCUGCUCGUGCAGCAGCUGAAAGAAAUGGAGGGCCAGUCCCAAAUAAAAACACAAGAAGGCCAGUCACAGCAGGACACUCAGGCUAACAGACUCGAUGCUCCACAGACGGCACCCAGUUCAAUCUUUACUUCAGAAAAAUCAUUAUCCUUAAAUCUGAAAAACCAGUACAAUCAUGCCUUGGACCAGCUCAUCACCUCCGCUCCUGCAUGGCCCCUCUACCCCAGCCAAGGGGAGUGUGCAGAGUCCUACCUGAACCUGCUGAACCUGGAGAACAACAGUAAACCAGCAGCCCCGCUAACUGAGCAGGACCCCUUCAUCAGAGCCAAUGGCACAGUGGAAAACAAGGAGGGCUCCAACAGCGAGGUCGUCCAGUUCUCAUCUAGAAACUCUGCAAACGUGGAUGAAAAGUACAAGCAGAUUAUACCUAAACUUGAUCCUCCUCCACCCUCUGCACACCGUAAGAGAUCCAGUAGGACAUUCUCUCCUGGGUCAGAGAUGGCAGCUGUGCCCACCACUGCAGCCCCGAGCAACAGCAGCAGCUUCUCCUUUCCAGACAUCACCCCCAGCUCCCUGUCGCCUGCUGAUUUCCACUCCCUCAGCAACGGUGACAGCAGCUCCUCCUCGUCUUCGGCGAGCGAGGACUCGGGCGUCCGCUCAGAGACCAAGUCCCUCUUGUCUCCCCUUCGCGAUGACUGUGACCUAUUCGCCGACCGCGGGACGUUUCUGACAGCGUCCAGUGGCUGUGGAAGUCCCCUGGAGGAGCAGGGGGAAGCAGUUGCCUCGUCCUCUGAGUCGUCGACAGAAACAAACACCAUGGCCUCGCGCUCUGACAGCUACGAUCAGCCGCUGUGCAUCUCCUCUCCCAUGAAUGACACCUGCCUUCACAUCAGCUUUUCUGAGGAUGAGCUCCCUGAGAGCAGUCAGGAGGACACCAGUAUGGCCCAGCGGAGUUAGGACGACUUUAUCCGGUUCUUUAAUCAACAUAUAAGAUGCAGGGCUUGCUUUCAGACACUACUAUGUGUGCACUGGGUGUCCAUUUCAGGUCCUUAAGUCUUUUAUUUCACCUGUAACACAGCCUAUGUGUUGAUAAAAUGCCUGUUGUUGUAUCAGUAAUUAGCCAAUGAAUAGAUUUAGUAUUUUUGUAUUAGAGUGCUGAUCUAAUUUACUUUUUAGGGGCCUAGAAUGUUAAGCAGAGUACAUGUAGCAAUAUGUUGCACUGUUCAAGUCGUACUGAAUUCACUGUAUAAAUUUAAAACUAACAAAUGAAACACAUUUAUUUUUGCUAGCUGUAAACAUCAAGCUGUUAUUUUGUAUGAUGGUUCACUUCGGUGCAAACAACUGCGGAAGAAUAAUGUUUUUAAAAGUU